GGCUUUUCAGCUGGUUAGCCAAACAUCCACAGAAAAAGAGAUGAGCAGGAAAACGAGACGAAGAAAACGACAACAGUUUAUUCCGAGCUAGAGAAAUAGCGACAUAAAGAAAAUCAAUUUAGGUGCUGCAACAUACAGUAUUCCUGCAACCAGGGGCUAAACCUGACCUGGUGUUUCAUAGGACCAAGCAGCUGUGUGACACAUUAUCAGCCUCUGUGGGACAUAGAACAAGUACAGAGGUCCAGUAAUUAUUGGGACACAUGUUCUAAAGCUGUUUAGUUCUGACCUAUGGCAGUAAAUCAAACAACAAAGGUAUUUUGUCAUACAUAAGUGUCAGAUGUAAAAAAGGGGAGCAUUUAAAGUCUCUCUGUUUUGUUUGUCUGUUGUCAUGGUGGAUUGUUAUGUGUGAGCCUGAAGCUAGCAUAGCUUCCCAGCUUCAUAUAGCAUGUUAGCAUAUGGCUAGCUACGUAUGGUGACAUAUUGGGCUAUUAUCCUUCUCCCCUCCAUCACCAUCUCUGGCCCCUACAAGGGGGUAUAAAGUCAUUGAAAAGAAUCCCCCUCACCCCAUCAUCUUUUCAUUUUAUUUUUCAUUCAGUCAUUAACCACCAUCCCACCGAAAAAUCAUCAGCUUUUGCUCCAUCUUUGACUCUCAUCAGCCCUCAUCACCUUUAUAUUCUAACUAUUUCGCUCAGUCUAACUAUAGCCUGGUCCUUCAUGAGAUCCUCGUCUUCCGUUUGAAUUCCUCCCACCUCCAUCCCAGUUCAUCCUAUUCUUCCACUGCUCAGUUCCUGCCCUCUUUAAAGUCAAAGAGUGUGACCCUCUGUCAACCACCCCGACGUCUGUUAGGAAAAGCCGCUAGGCAGUUGUUUUGGUGGUUGUUUUGGUUGCAUGGAAUCGGCUUAACCGUGGAGAGGCCAGGCUACCACAAACUGAUGGACUUUGACAAGCGAGGAGUAGGGGGAGGAGGGGGCGGGGGAGGAGGAGGUGGAGGUGGAGGAAAGGGCGAGGCAGAAGAGGGGAAGAGGAUGUCUGGGAAGACGGGGAGCCGAUCGGGACACGGCGGCCGGGGUGCCGGCUCCAACUCUGGGGUGCUGAUGGUCGGACCAAACUUCCGUGUUGGAAAGAAGAUCGGCUGUGGGAACUUUGGAGAGCUACGACUUGGAAAGAACCUGUACACCAAUGAAUACGUGGCUAUUAAACUGGAACCAAUCAAGUCACGGGCACCACAGCUCCACCUAGAAUAUCGAUUCUACAAACAACUGGGAAGUUCAGAGGGCGUACCCCAGGUGUUUUACUUUGGACCAUGUGGUAAAUACAAUGCUAUGGUUCUGGAGCUACUGGGACCGAGCUUAGAAGAUCUGUUUGACCUCUGUGACAGGACCUUCUCUCUAAAGACUGUACUCAUGAUAGCCAUACAACUGAUAACUCGUAUGGAGUUUGUCCACACCAGAAGCCUGAUCUAUAGAGAUGUGAAGCCCGAGAACUUCCUGGUUGGCCGACCCGGCUCCAAGCGGCAACACACCAUCCACAUCAUAGACUUUGGCUUGGCCAAAGAAUACAUAGACCCAGAGACGAAGAAACACAUCCCAUACAGAGAACACAAGAGUCUGACUGGAACUGCUAGAUACAUGAGCAUUAAUACACAUUUGGGGAAAGAGCAAAGUAGGCGGGAUGACCUGGAGGCUCUUGGCCACAUGUUCAUGUACUUCCUGCGAGGAAGCCUGCCCUGGCAAGGGCUCAAGGCUGACACUCUGAAAGAACGUUAUCAGAAGAUAGGAGACACAAAGAGAGACACACCAAUAGAGGUUCUCUGUGAGAACUUCCCAGAAGAAAUGGCCACCUACCUGCGGUACGUGCGUCGGCUGGACUUCUUCGAGAAGCCAGACUACGACUAUCUGAGAAAGCUCUUCACGGACCUCUUUGACAGAAACGGAUACAUCUUUGAUUACCAGUACGACUGGACCGGAAAGCCACUGCCCACUCCUAUUGGUCCAGUGGCCAGUGAGACUCCACUUCAGACGAGCAACCGGGAGAAAGCACCGCAGACCAAAAACCAGUCUCCAGAGGGGAAAGGCAGUGAGUCCCAGCCCACUCCAGUGACCAAUCGAGAGCUGCUGGGCUCCCAUCUCACUGCUGAUAGGCUGGGCGGGUCUGUCCAGGUGAUGAGUUCAACCAAUGGGGAGCUGAACACAGACGACCCCACUGCAGGACACUCCAACGCACCAAUCACAGCCAACGCAGAGGUUGAAGUGGCUGAUGAUACCAAGUGCUGCUGUUUCUUCAAGAGGAGGAAGAGGAAAGCUCUCCAGAGACACAAAUGAAAACACGAGACAAGAGAGAAACCCCUGCUCUCUUCUUCGCCAUCUCUUUUUCCUUUCUCUCUCUUUGUCUAGCCCUUUUCAUAUAACCCUCUCUCACCCUCCUCCUCCUCCUCACCUCUGCUGACGGAGGUCCUGCGGCCCACCUCGGCUCGGCUGGACCACCAGGCAGCAGUUUGCUGAGCUGAUCUACUGGUUUCUUCUGCUCUGGACUGAACAGACAGUGUUUGGAGUUUGAAACGUGGGCUGGAUGCACCAGCCGUGGACCCUUCAUGUAUUUAUGGUUACAGACUGAACUGAAACCAGAUCAACAAACCGCUUUGGGAAACAUGUGGCCACCAAUGAACAGUUGACAGACUGUGAACAGCGAGCUGAUUGGCUGACAGGCUGGAUUCAGCUGCUUUACCAGCAGUCUGGCAAGUUCUCUCUCUUUUUUUUUUUUUUUUUCCUUUUUCUUCCUUACUGACUGGUUCAGAGGAGACAGAAGUGUAUUUCACAGGAGAUACAGAAGAGAGGACUACAAAAGCAAUGGAUGCAAUGAGACUUUUGGACCACAUGUGCACACAAAACACACGCAUACACACACAUGUACAAACACUCUGCACACCUUUCUCAAGUUCAUCAUAAAGAGACUUCAUGGACAAAGAGAUGCAGCUCUCGCACAUAGUCUAUAAAGUUUUUAUUCCCUAGGGUAAGAGUAAGUACACAGUGAGCGGCCUGGUCUAUUUCCUGCAGUGGAUUGGGCUCAGUGUAUUUCUCCUUCACCCUCAGAGGAAAACCUCACAACCACCAGAAUCAAAAGUUUAAAAAAGAUGUUUAUGUAAAAUCUAUGCUUUUUCUCCCGUUUUAAUUUGUAACUAAAAGACUGUGUUCUAUUUUGAA